AUGGACCUUGAAGUGACCAUAACCAAGUACCCGGAGCACGGAACGGUGACGUGCGACUCGAUGGGCCUCUACCGGCUCGUGUCUCCGGUGUCUGGCGCCACGCUCGUGACGACGGACCCGAACGAGCUCAUGAGGGACCCAGUCUCCGGCGCCCAUCUCAUGGUCCAGGCUGGAAAAGUGGUUGUGGUGAACCCCGCGGAGUACCAAAAGUUCAACCGAAACCGGGAGUUCUACGCCUUCCGUGAACCAGACGUCACCAUGCAGACCCUUCGGAAGACUACGAAGGUGACCAAGUGCACGAACGAGAAGAUAGGCACCGCGGGGACGGUGACGGGCGCGGAGGAGGAGAGCUACGCGGAGACGCUGGCGCGCACGAUGGCCAAGCCGCGGACCGGGACCGCGCACGAGGAGCCGCUCUCGAUCCAAGGCAGUCAGAUUGAUGCCGCGAAGCCACCACCAGCGCAGGCCGCGGAGGCGCCCAAGUCGGACGCGGCCGCGUCGCAGUGA